CGAACUACAAAUAAACGCGCCACAAGGAGAAGAGAAACAUUCAAAAUGCCUGUAAAGAGAGCCCUUCAGUUACAUGACAAAGAAAACAGCCCAGCUAAGAGGCAUGCACCAAACAAAAAUUAUUCCCCUAUGACUGGAACCCGGUUGAUGAGUCCUGCAACUAAACCUGCAGCAGGUACUUCGAAAGCAGAUGGAAAGAAAACGAAUACCCCUAAAACAAAAAAGCCAAUGACAGAUGCAGAGAGAAUUGUGUUCCUCAGAUCUAAGGUGAGAAGAUCUGUCAAAGACAUAAUGAAAUACAGGCACCAGCUGGAGACAUUAAUGCCAGUAGAGGGCAGUAGUGAGCUGAGGAGUCUGUUGCUGAUGGGUCCUGCUGAUCUACAAACUGAACUCAAGAGGCAUGAAGAUCUGUCUUCCAAAGUUGCAUCUUCUGCACACAGACCAAACACAAACAAGGGUCAUGUCAGAGGUUUAAAACAGACCAGCAGCUCUUAUGAAUUUCUGAAGGCGAUCUUAAGCCGCUGAAGAAUCUUCUCUUGGUGUCCGACUUGGGUAGCAGCUGGUGGCCACUCAAACAUUUUCCUAUUUCUGCCCAAGGUAGAUCACGUAACUGUCACUUUAUCACUUCUAGAGGCCACGUGAAGGACAAAAGCUUAAGCUGACCUAACAAAACACACACUUGUCACAUCCAAACCAUAGGACAGCAGUUGGCAAGAACAAGAACUUGUUCCCAGCAACUCAUGGUUCAUCUAUUUUGUCUGUUAACUGUAGGCUGUAAAGUCUGACCGUCAAGUUUAGAGAAAGAGUUUUAAGAUCAGCAGCCAGGAUCUAAUAACAAUUUGAUCUUGAUGGGUAUAAUUUUUCAAUAUUAGCUUCAGCCUUUUUUUUGUGUUGCUGUCUUUUUUUUCUAAUGUGUAAAACGGUUUAACAAAAUCAGUUCAUUCUUUCAUUUUGUGUGCGUGGCUGUGUAGCUGGAGCACAUUGUAACACAGUAGCCCCUUUGUGACCCGAUAACAUUUAUAGUUGUAAUGGAUUUUUUUAAUGGCCGUCAUUAACUCGCACAAAGAGGGGUGAAAAAGAUCGCUUGUACUUUUUCGCUGGUGUUUCAGCUUUACAGCAUUAUGUUCAUAUAUGUCUCCUUCCAUCAUUUUUGUUUUACAGCCCAUAGA